AUGAGCACGGUCAAUCAUUUCAAGGAUGUCUGUCACUAUGGUGACUGCAGGGAGUCAUGGCCUUCCGAUCAGAUGGCCUGUGAUCACGAGAUCAACGACCACCAUUACUGCCGUGAUUGCGAUCGGACCUUCAUGAACCUCAACAACAUCAGAAUGCACCUGAAAUCUCGUGCUCACCUUGGCCAGACCAUCGGCUGUCCGUUUUGCUCGAAAGCUUUCACAACAGCAACUGGACUCAUUCAUCACCUCGAGAACGGGGCUUGCCCUCAAGCCUCCCAUAUUGACCGUGACUCGAUCUACAGAUUCGUCAGACUCAAGGAUCCUGGUGGACUGAUUUCGAAAAACAUUAUUGGAUGGACUGGCUCCGAGCAGUACGAAGCGUCAAAAAAGGCUUGGAAUGGCUAUGGCUAUGAAUGCCGUCUUUGCCAUCGCGAAUUCAAAGCGCUCAACAGCCUGAACCAACAUCUCAACUCGCCAGUCCACCAACAGAACUUGUAUCAUUGUCCUAAUGCUGGUUGUCGCCAAGAUUUCAAGAACCUGGCUGGUAUCAUUAAUCACCUGGAGAGCGAGAGCUGUGGUUUCACUCGCUUUGAUAAUGUCUAG